AGCCCACCCCUUACACCAGAGGUUCCUGUGUUUGCGAGUACUCUCAAGUCGCUUGAUCGCAGAUUUAACUUGGCUGUUUCGAUGCUACGGGCUGAAUAACGACAUAAGAGCGAUCUGUCACGUGGAAGAAAACGUAUCUGAGAUGAUCGUGGCACGAACGUGUGUUGGGUUGUGAAUCAACAAGAUAGCGAUCGCUGUUUUAGUUGGGAUCAUUGUAGAUUCUCAGACAAGCGCUCAUAUAACCUUGCAUGUUCAAAGAUGAGUCAUUCCAAUCCCAAUCAACUAAGUUGUUAUUUGGGUCGCUUGUCACGUUUGGAAACUGAUAAAUUGUUGUUGGGAAGAAAGCCUGGAACUUUUCUUAUUAGAGACAGCUCGUCCAUUCCCGGAGACUUUGUUCUUGCCGUAAGCGAAGGCGGAAAAGUCAGCCAUUACAUAAUCAACAGUAAAGGAAGCCAAUAUCAGAUAGGAGAAAACACUUUUCCAGAUCUUCAUAGUAUUAUAGACUUUUACAAGAAACAUUUCCUAGAUACAACAAACCUACAGGAGCCACUAUUUAAAGUGCAAGCUCAGUAUCCAUUUUCUGCAAAGGACGCAGAAGAUCUCAGCUUUAAAAAAGGAGAUGUUUUAAUAGUUGUUGAACAAAAUGAAGAAAAGUGGUGGACGGCCAUAAAUGAACAAGGCCAAAAGGGCCUCAUACCUGAACCGUAUGUUAAAAAGCUUUGUGACAUGCAACCAGGCUCUCCGGUGCAGCCUAUGGCACCACCAGCAAAUGAUCAAAGAAGGUCUAUGCCCCCACCUACAACUACAGCUCAAAAUAAUAGUGAAGUCAGAAGAACCUCAGUACCGCCCAACAUGAGACCGUUGCACCAGGCAGCUGAAACAGAAGGGUCAAUGUAUGUCCGUGCUACACGCAAACAUCUAAUGCCUUAUGAUGACACAACACUUGCAUUCGAGAAAGGAGAUAUCAUCAAGGUGCUAAAGAAAUAUGAUAAUGGAAAGUGGUUUGGUCAAAAAGGCGACAGAACAGGCUAUUUUCAGUUUAACUACGUGCAAGUAAUACCAGCUAGUGAAAGUCCAGAUUGAUUGGAAUGGACAGAAAUUAAAAUGUAACUAAUGAACAUUAAAAUUAGGAUUAGGAGUUUCCAGAUCUUCGUGUUACCAAUCAAUUCUCAAUUGUCUCAAAAGUUAAUUGGAAUAGGCGUUGUCUACGGAGCGCUAACAUUAAUGAGUAAUAUCACAGGGAUGUUUUCCAUUUACAAAGUUUGUCAGGUAUAUUGAUUAGCUCCUGUGGGAAUUAUUGUGAACAAGAGUAACUUUUGAUGCUUCUUUUGGCUAAAAUAGGGAACUUAAGCUAGUGAAGAAUAGCAGGAUACUGAGAACUUUGGCAUAACAAACCAGUGAAAUGAACUAAGAAAUGGCUCUGUAUUUACAUCUUAAAAUGUCAUUCAGUAUAUUCUCCACAUUCAUGAGGUUUGAAUCUGUGAACCACAAUAGUGAAUUUUUGUUCCCAUAGGGAAAUGAGGCCUGUAUUCACAUACAGACAAACAUAGAUAGGUGGUCAAAAAAACUGAAUACACCUUCAUGUACCCACUUAUAAAUUUUUUAAUAGAUUUACAAGUACAAUGUAUAUUUUUGAUCAGCUUUUCCCCAGACACUGUUGUCGUCUCUGCCUAAGUUUUUUUUUUAUCUCAUUGCGUCAGUGAAACUCUUGUGAUGGAUUCUUAAGAAUCAAAAGAAGUUUUGAGCCUUAGCAGACAAAUAGUAUUCAGUUGUCCUUGGCAAAUUUGGCUGAAAAACUUCCAGAUGUUCUUGUAGACAAGUUACAAAAAAUUCAGCGAAAAAGGUGUAUCGUAUUCACCAGUGUUACAGUAGUUGCCUUCAAAGGGCAUCAAAGACUCUUGUUUAGUCCCACAGGUGAGCUAUUGCCUGGACAGCACCAGAUAAAUGAUGAACAUCCCUUAAGUUACUCCUCAAGAAAUAAUCAGUUUUACUUGAAUUAGUAAAAUUGAUUACAUUUGAUCUCCUGUUGAGCAGACUUUGUAGUGUACAAAGCAGCCAGUAGAUGGCUUAUUCGAGUACUUAAUAAUAAUAUCGUGACAUUUGUGAGGUUCGAAUUUGACUUUCGAGAAAGAUGCGGCAUAUGUAAACACCCUUAAGUACCAAGGUAAUUAUAUUUUUGUGUAGAAGAGGUAUACCCCUAUUAAGAAUUUUAUUUUUGAAAUUGUGCGACAACUUCAAUUGAACCUUAAUGAUAUGGAUGGAAUUUUUGAGCUGACAUAACAAAUUCGGUGGCACUCAUUUACUCAGUUUCUGUUUUAUAUGUAGUAAUUUUCUGUAGUAAUAAGACAAAGCUGGAGGAAGGUGCUUUUACAGAUCCAAGCUUCCAAAGAAAAAGCUUGGUUUGUUUUAAAAACAAUUGGUAAAUGAAACAGUAUAAAUCCCUUGGGAGAUGGGGCUCUCUCCCAUUUUGAUGGGUGUGGACUACCUUAUAAGGUAUGCUUGUUGGGGUCUUGAAGCUUAAACAGGUUAUAUAAUUUAACCAUUUAGCUUUGCAGGGUAUCUUUUGGUACCAGAAAUCUUGAAAGUGUGGGAACGUGGUAUCGUCCCGUCUAAAUACUCGUUACUGUUAUAGCUUUUAAAUCUUUCUCUAAAUGUUCUGCUUUUCUAAAGUCAGUGUGUGUUACUUUUAAUGUACACAAUUUCUCCUUAUCAAAAGAGAGGGAAAAUAAACAGGUUUCUGUUAAACAGGAGCGGGGUUUUUUAGUGUGGGUAAAAUAUCCCCAAUUAAACUCACCUUAACACUCGACAUCAAAUUACAGUUUUUUUUCUUGCUCUAUGUAGAUAUCUUUGCUCUUAAACUAGGAGAAUUUGAUUGAGCUUGCAUGUGCUUGUUUAAUUUGUGAUUAUUUCCUCGACCUUAAUGCUUUCACCCCCAUGAGUGACCAAUACGUAGUUUCUCCUUCCAUUAUCAUUAUUAGAUUAAGUUAACAAGAGACAAGAAUAAAAAAAAACAUCGGCAUGAAAGGAUUAUUUUUAAAUUCUCGGCAUUAACAUCUUUAGGAAAAUGUGGCAGACAGUAGGGAGAAUUAGAAAGGGAUCCAGGGAGUGAAAGUGUUAAUGUUUCACUUUGUUUGAUGCUGUAAGGAGAAUUUAGAUAUUUUGUCAUUGCAAGGGAUCAAUGGUUUAAGUUUGUCUCGCUGUGGUUAAUCCUCGCAGCUCUAUGUUAGACUACAUACACACACCAUACUUUUCAUUAGCCAAUUGUAAUGUCUUAAAUUGAUUAAAUGAAGUUUGUUUUCUUA